AUGAAUUGACAAAACUGUCGUUGAAAUUGCACGAAUUAAUCAUGAAAAAUUAUUUGCGGCAUUAAAUUGUCUCGUAACGUUUUGUUCUUUACGAUGGUGUAAAAGUUUGUUUGAGUAAGAAGAUUCUUUCAGUAUCAUAGUUACGCUCGCUGCGCCCGUCACAGUAUCGUGCUUGAGGUAUCUCGUACCUCGGCAUUCGAGAACACUUCGCUUUUAACAGAAAAUUGAUUGAGGUAUGGAAGAAUAUGCAAGAGAACCAUGCCCUUGGCGUAUAAUAGAUGACUGUGGUGGUGCAUUCACGAUGGGUGCUAUCGGCGGCGCCGUGUUUCAAAGUAUUAAGGGCUUCCGUAAUGCACCCAGUGGUAUAAACAAACGAUUUCUUGGAAGUUUAAUGGCCAUUAAACAACGAUCCCCCAUUAUUGCCGGAAACUUUGCGCUAUGGGGUGGUAUGUUUUCCACAAUAGACUGUACAUUGGUUCAUCUUAGGAAAAAGGAAGAUCCUUGGAAUUCUAUUAUCAGUGGAGCAGCUACCGGUGGUAUACUUGCUGCAAGAAAUGGUUUACCAGCAAUGGCUGGUAGUGCGAUUAUUGGUGGAGUGUUAUUGGCUUUAAUAGAAGGUGUAGGAAUAUUUUUUACUCGUAUGUCCGCAGAACAAUUCAAACCUGCACCUUUUACGGACGAUCCGUCGCAUCUUGGCUCGCCUACGCAAGGUUACCCGGCGUAAAACAUGUAUAAAUAUUUUAGACAUACUUCAAAUAACACGGCUAAUUAAGUACAAAUGUUUCAAUUUCUUUGAAACGCUCGUAGUUGAAAGAUACUUUAUUCCCGGUACAACAAACUUGUAUAGAUAAUUGAACUCCUUGAUUUAAUAAAUAAUAUUAGUUUGUUUUUUUAUUCAAGACUGUUACUUUCUGUAUUUUUCUGAUAUUGUUAAAAGACAAA